AUGGGAUCAUUGGGUUUCCCAGUUCAAAAUUUUAGUCAUCCAGGUACUCCACACCAAAAUUCAUUCCAAUAUCCAGUAUAUAAUACUGGUAAUCCAGCUAAUCUCCCUGUUCAAUCUCCAAUCAACCCACUCAAUCAAACACCAUCAAAAAUAACUCCAAUCCGUGCUGCUGCUGUUGCUGCAACAGCUGCCGCUCAAUCACAAAUUACUGAUGAAAUUCCAGUUCCAGAACAAAAACCUGGUGUAACAUAUCAAACUUGUCAACAUCCAUUACAUCAAAAAUGGUGGUUUACAUCAUCAAUACUUCCUAUUAGUGAAUUUUAUCCACGUGCAAGUAAAUGUAAAAAGUGUUAUAUUAAGCAACAACAAGAUGCUAGACGUUCAAGAACUCAACCAGGUGGGCAAUUACCAUUCGAAGAUGCUUUUGCAACUGGAGGUGUCACUCCAAUUAAAAAUCAUCUUCAACCAUUUUUAACAUCAAAACCACUAGGUACACCACAAACACCAACAUCAUUAAAUUUACAACCAAAUCAUUUAACUCCACACCAUAUGGGUGGUAUUCCAAUGGGAUUCACACCACAAUCAAUUGUACCACAACCAAUUGUAGCACAACCAAUUGUACCACAACAGGUAUCACCAUUUAGCUUACCUCAUCAUUUAGCAGGCGCAACUACACAUCCACUUCAACAAACAGGAAUGAUUGGAGGAAUACCAUCCAGACAACAAAAUGAACUUUUAAAACAACAAUAUCUUUUACAACAAAACCAAGCUACUUUACAACAUGCUCAGGCACAACUAUUACAAGCACAACAACAAGCACAUUUCGAUGAUCGUGAGUUAACACCAGAAGAAAGAUUAGCAAGACAAACAGAAGUUCAAAAGUUAUGGGGCAAACAAGGUUAUACUAAACAGGGUUAUCGUCCAAAACAAAAACCAAGUAAACAAUUUAUAAGAAAAGAAAUGUUUGAUCAUUUAAAGAAUUAUUUAUCACAGUUAUUAAAAGAUCCAAGAUCCAAUGCAUUUAGAGAAUCUGCCGAUCCAACUAAAUUAGGUUUAAAUUCGAUUGAAAAGAGAUUAAAUAUUACAAUUAAGGAACAACAAUCAUAUUUAGUAAAAAAAUAUUUAGAUUUUAAACAAUUUGAUAGGGAUAUUAGAUUAGUAUUUUCAAAUGCUAUCCAAAACAAUAGUGAGGGUAGUAAAGUUUAUGAACAAGCAGAAGAGUUAGAAAUAGAGUAUGAUGAAUUUUAUAAGAAUAGUUUAGAAGAAAUAUCAAAUAAAGUUAAAUACGAAUGUGAAGUAUUGAAAUUUGUAUGCGACCAUUGUAAACAACCACCCAUUUCAUACCAACCACCACCAACUGUUGAUAUAAACGGCACCAUUAUCCAACAUGAACCAACAGAAGUUUUACCAUUACUAACUUGUCAAGGCAGUUGUUUAAGAUCAUUCCAUUUACAUUGUCUUGGUUUCCCAUGCACCCCAGAACAUUCAAAACAACCAUACAUUUGCAGAGAAUGUAUUCAUGGUAAGCCAGUACUUCAUUUUGAUCCAGAAGAAAAUCAAUACUUUUAUUUCUAUUAUGAGGGUAUCAAUGCAAACCAAGAUGCUGAAGAAGAAUAUAAAUCAUUAUCAGAAUCACCAUUAUCAUCGACAUCAACACCAACACAAAUCAUUUCAGAUAUUGGUGUAUUAACUAAAGAGGAUAAAAUUCAACUUAGAAAAGAUGAAGAAGAAGCACGUUUAAAGGAAAUGUAUUAUGAUCCAUAUUGGUGUAUGUGGAGAUGUAAAUCUAAAAUUACAAGUAAAAGAGACGAAAGACAAAAAUCGAUUCUUCAAAAAUCAAAGGAAUUAAAUUUAAGAAAAAAAGUUCAAAAAAAGAAAAAUCCAAAAAGAAUAUAAGUUUUAGAUAUCAAUAUAAUAAUAAUCGAUCAAUUAAAUAAUAAUAAUGUAAUUAAUAUAUAAAUAAAUUAAAAUUAUUUAAAUUUAAAAUUUUUUUUU